CCCGGAUGUGCUAGCAUACCCACGCCCCGCCGCCCAUCUGCUGCCUUACUUUAUUUUAGUCACCGGGAGACAACCUGGCCCUGGAAAGCUAACGCUGACGCUUUCUAAUUCGCAAAGCCCGGUACACGAGGCUAGAUGCGAAGCCCUCUCCUUCUUGGAGCGGCCCUUACCCUAUUCGCAGAGUGCUGGCUCUUUCGCGGCGUCACUGCACAGAACUUCACCGAUGAACAGCUUGUCGUCGUCCAAAACCAGCUAGCCGCUGGCGCGUCGCACAGCUGGGAAUACGGCACUCGCGCCGAAGCCCUCCUCGAACUCACCGCGCCCUCCUACUCCGUCUUCUACCCCUCACCACUCCCACCACCCCAAACAAUCCCGCCAAGCGUCAACCUCACGGCCGUACUCGACAUCGCCAGAACGACCGUAGCCAACCGCUCGGCGAGCAACGGUAAUAUCACCGGCCCGCAACCACUCAUUGCGGAUGCCGCAGCGGGCGACCCGUGUAGCAUCGGCGUCGCGGUGCUGCUCGCGAACUGGACGGGCCAGGGGGCAAGCGAUGGGCUGGAUUAUGCGGGUGCGGCGAGGGACCAGCUGGAGUUUAUAAUGAGCAGGGUGCCGCAGACGAGCGAUGGUGCUAUUUCGCAUCGGGUGGCGGAGUUGCAGCUUUGGAGCGAUUCAGUCUAUAUGGUCCCUCCAUUUCUUGCAUAUUAUGGCGUCGUAACUGGAAACCAGACCCUGCUGCUCGAAGCAUAUACCCAGAUCAGUCUCUACAGGAACUACCUGCGUGACAAGAAGUCGAACCUUUGGAAGCACGUUUUGUUUGGGAGCGGGCAGGACCUGGGACAUUGGGCAACUGGUAACGGAUGGGCCGCCGCUGGCAUGCUUCGCGUUCUGGCGACCAUGCAAAGGUCGCAGUGGUCGAACGAGAUGUACAACCUCCAAUCCGACCUCGCAGCGUGGAUCGGCGAGAUUCACGGCGGGAUGUACUCGUACCUCAACACAAACGGCCUCUUCUACAACUGGGUCGACCAGCCUGACUCGUUCUACGACGCCUCCUCCGCCGCGCUGCUCGCGAGCACCGUCUACCGCCUCUCGCAGCUCUGGAACGUGCACACACACAUCCCCAUCGCGGAGCAGGUCCGCCGCGCGCUCGCUGCGAACAGCAGCGACACCGUCGAUGUCAAGACCUAUCCGCCGUGGCCGGCUACGCCGACUGCCUCCCCUUCCUCUGGUGCAACGUCGAGCCCCACGUCCACAUCCAGCGCAACGUUCACAUCUUCGCCAUCAUCAUCAUCGGAGACACCUUCGUCUACUCCCGCUUCCACUUCCGCAUCUCCAUCGUCCACCCCAGCCACAAAUCCGAUGCAAAACCUCCUGCACUUCACCUCUGACGGAUGGCUCACCCCCGUCGUGAACCCCGACUCAUGGGGCGUCGAAGGAGCACAGAGCCCCGAAGGUCAGGCGUUUGUCCUCGAUCUGCAGGCCGCGUGGAGCGACUGGGUCCAGGCGGGCGCGCCGGGCGCGAACAGUGCGCGUGUUGGAGCGGCUGCAAGUCGGGUGGUUAUGGCGGUUGCGGGUGUUGUGCUUGGGUUUGGUCUGCUUUAUUGAUCUGUUGAUCUGUUUUAUCUUUAUUUGAGGAUGUGGGAUUGGUAUAUCCCUGCGAGACUUUUACGAUAUCUAGUAGCUGAUGCAUCUUAAGAUGCAAUGAACUUCUUGAUUCCAUUUCACGUUAAUGUUUAGUUAGGUAUUACCACUUGCUCUGUGUAGAUAUGUAGACUUGUGCAUUAUCGGUAUUAACGACUCUACCAUAACAUCUGUUCUUUGUACUACCACCUCGAGUUUCUCCGGGUGCAAGAAUGCGAAGGGAAUAAAAAGAAACGGAAAGGAGAAAGAGCAAAAGAAGGAAGUAUACGAACCAUCCUGCAAGCACCAUCCAUCCAUCCAUUAUCUACCAGCACCACAGCAGCACGGCAAAUAUAACCAGGCCUUACAUGAACUACCGAAACCAUUCUAAGUACCGGCUUCGCGUGUCCACCGCGGCCUCGCCCUACCCGACCGCAUCGCUGUCGUAGAGCCAUUGACACUUUCGCUUCCAUUAUCGACCACCACCUCCAAGCUAAGCCCAACCCACUACUUCCUUCGAUCAAACCCCCGUUCCCUGCUCUGCCACCCCGAAAACCUGCUAUCUCGCCCCCUCUCCCCACCAUCCCUCUCCCUAUCUCUAUCUCUGUCCAAGUCCCUGUCCCGCUCACGACGCCCGUCUCUGUCCCACUCAAAGCUCCUCUCUCCCCUCCCCAGCCCCCCACCCGACUCCCGCCGCCCAAGCGGCUCAUACGGCUUCCGCGCGCCGGGCGCAACCGCAGCCGCCCCACCCGACCCGGAACCAGCGCCGGGCCCAGCAUCGUACGCCCGCCCCGGAUACUCCCGCUCGCGACGAUCAUAGUCGCUCGCGCGCCUCACCCCACCACCACCGCGCGGCGAAAACGGCGACGCGUCGCGCGCGCGUCUAUCGGUGUCCCGCUCGCGCUCGCGGCUCGGGUAGGGUACCGCGAAAUCGCUAUUGCGCCGCGUGGGAUCGUACGGCUCGUCGCGCACACCGGCACCGACACCUCGAUCACGCUCGCGACCGAGGUAACUCGCGGGGGCCGAGGGCGGGGGCGGCGCCAUCGGCAUCUGAGCGUGGGAGGGGGGCGAGGAUCCCUGCACUGCAUGUGGAUGCGGAUGAGGGUGGGUGUGGGAGUGGCUGUAAUUCCCAGGCGCGGACACGGACGCAGACACAUUGUACGGGAUCGGGAUCGACGCAGGUGCCGAAGCAGGCGGGGGCGGGAGCUGUGAAUAUGCAGGGAUGCUUGCAUGAGGAGGAAGGGGAGGAGCGGGCGCAACACCCUGUUGUUGGUGACCAAGACUGUUCAUCGCGCUUUGCACGCUCUGCCAUGCUUCUGGCGAAAGUCCGUUUGCCCCGAAUACGGGUGGAACGGGGGCGUUAGGCGCGUUUGAUAUACCAUUAUGUGCGGGGGUCUGAGGCUGCGACCAUUGCUGCUGAGGAGGAGGAUAUCCCGAAUUCGGAUACGGCACGUGUCCAUUCUGUCCGUUGACGGGAGCUGCCAUUGCAGGAGAGCCGUUGGAUGCAUUAGGGUUUACACCAGCGAACUGUGCUGCCCCCUGGCUGAGCGAGUGAGCCUGCUGGAGGCUGAGGCCCGCGCUCUUCAAGAUCUCCUCAAGAGACGCUGGCGUGAUCUCCUGUCCUAUCAAUGGUUUAAGUUGCUGCGACGCCGUAGUAGCAUUGAUAAGAUGUGGCGAUUGCGGGGUAGACUGAGACUGAAAUGACGUAGGUUCCGCAGUGAAUGCGCCGUUGUGCGCCGACGUCGUCAGCGGCGACCCGAUCGAAGGUGUAUGGUUACCAGUUCCAGACGUGUUCAGAUGGGGAAGGGACCUAGUAAUCGACGGAGGUGUACCACUGGAGGCCUUGCUGCCCGCGCGCGAGCCAUCGCCAUUAGCGAGCACGGGGGAUCCAACCUGAGAAGUCGACGCAGAAGCCGAGCCACCGGAGCGAAGAAGGGCAGCCCUCGCUGCUCGUAUAGGUGCGAGCUUGUCAAUUGCGGAGGCAGGAGUAGACAGGGGCGGGGGAGCCAACGGCUCUUGCUUGACAACCGACGGCGACGCUUUCUCGGUGUUUACCUUCAAGUCAGGGACAGAUGACGUGGCAGCUGACGUGUUACCCGUAGUCCCGUCACUCAUCUCUACAUUCUCAGCGGUAGGCAAAGUAGCAAUAGGCGGGGGAGGAGAAAGCGCGGGCUUCGUGUCAUCUGGAGGUGCAGCAAGAGAGCCAGACACGGCAUUCUGGCCAAUGGGAGAAGAUCCUUUUGAUGUGUCGCCAGCCACAGCAGCAUUCGUUUUCCUUUUAAGUUUCGGCAAGGGUACCGCGGCAGCGGCUUGAGGUGACGUGGGCUCAACUUGGGAGGCAGGGGAUGUCCUCACAGACGACGAUGCUUCCUUAGGUGAAGUUUUCUUACCAGUGCCAGCAGACUUCUUCGUUGACGAUGCGGUUGCUUUGGUUGCAGCCUUUGCCUUU